AUGCGGUGGUUAUUUUUGAAGAUGAAGAAGUCGUCAACGAAUUUCGAAUGCGUAAAAAAGUAUACAUGUCGUCUCCCAAGUUUUGAGGUUGACAAAUUUCUGCUCAAGUUGGACAACGAUCACGAGGUUCCCAUCAUUCAAAAAGCCUCCAAUAUUUUUUCCUCAUAUGAGGCUUUGAAUUGGGUAUAUGGAAAUAUUUGGACAGCCCUCCACCCUUCAACCAGCGAGCUCAUCGCCCUUCGACUCGCAGUUUCGCGACUCUGGAAUUGGCAUCAGUGGACUGGCAAAAUUGGCAUCCGCGCCAAUGAAAUUCAACUACUACUAUGGGUUAUUCUUUUUAGCUCACUCAUUUACGUCCAAACCACUAUGUACAAUCAAAAUGGAUUCAAGAGCUUGAAUCAUGAAAGAAAUUCAAAGAAUACCUGGUUUAAAUGGGGACCUCUUUAUUACUAA